AAGUAUUCUGAGACCUAAUCGACCUUAUAAUAUAUAAGGAAGCUUAAUUUAUCAUUUGUGUUUCUUCGAACUCCCAGCUAAUUAAAUCUGUUGAUAGUUGACAUUUUUUACUGAUAUUUCAACUGUCGUAGACUAAUUGAGAAUCUGUCAAAUGAAAAACAAAACCCAUCAGUGGACAGCUCCGUCAAAAGUGUUUUUAUAUUAGAGAAAUUAAGCUUGCAUCCCAACAUUACAUUUAGUUAUUAAAUGGCAAAAUGGGUGAUAUUGAUAAUUCAAUAAAGUUGAGUGUUAAGUGGAGUGGAAAAGAAUAUGAACUACCAGAAUUAGCUCAAUCUGAUUCAGUUGCGAUGUUGAAAGUGGCCAUCGAAAAUGCCACUGGAGUACGACCGGAAAGGCAAAAGCUUUUGAACGUUAAAUUUCAAGGCAAGGUAGCCACUGACAAUUAUACUCUAUCAGAAUUAAAUCUUAAGCAAAACCUUAAAAUAAUGAUGAUGGGGUCGUUAGAAGAGGCUAUUGAGGGUGCAAUGUCAAAACCAGAUAUUGGCGAUGAAGUGGUCAAUGACUUGGAUAUUGAGGAAGAAGAAAUUGAUGUAGAAAAUCAGGAGAUAUACUUAGCAAAAAUAAACAAGAGAGUAAAAGACUACAAAAUAAAGGUGCUAAACGAGCCUCGUCCCUGCAAAAAGCUGUUAGUAUUGGACAUAGACUACACAUUGUUUGACCACAGAUCUGUCGCUGAAACUGGUUUUGAACUAAUGCGGCCAUUCCUCCACGAAUUUUUAACAUCAGCCUACAAAGACUAUGAUAUUGUUAUCUGGUCUGCCACUGGAAUGAAGUGGAUUGAGGAGAAAAUGAAACUACUUGGUGUAUCUGUGCACCCGGAAUACAAGAUCAUGUUCUACCUGGACUACUUAGCUAUGAUUACUGUGCAUACUCCCAAAUAUGGAACUAUUGACGUAAAACCCCUCGGCGUAAUUUGGGGCAAAUAUCCACAAUACAGCUCCAAAAACACAAUAAUGUUGGACGAUAUACGACGAAACUUUAUUAUGAACCCAAAGAGCGGACUCAAGAUCCGCGCUUUCAGACAAGCGCAUUUAAACAGAGACAAAGACGAGGAAUUACUGCAUUUAAUUACAUAUUUAAAGGACAUUGCCACUUUUUGCGAUGACUUUGAUACUUUAAAUCACAAGAAAUGGGAGAAAUAUAGGCCGCCACGGAAGAGUAAACACGCCAGUAAGAGAAAAGCUGAGGAUAAUUCUGACAGCUCUGGGGCCGCUGCCAACUAACAAAGACUGAUUAGUGAUAUUAUUAGUAUUUUUCUUGGUUAUUUGCUGUUUUUACUUGGCUCCAAUAGACUGAAAUGUGAAAGAAAAUAUUGAGAUUCAUUAUUAUUAAAAAAUAAAUUUAGGUUCUGGAGAAACUACUUAACAGAUGAUGCAAUCUUGUUAAGUGGCUUCGAUAGAUUGAAAGGCAAAAAUCUCUUCAAUCAAUAAAUUAAAUUUAAAUAUGUGAUUGUGUAUAUAUAUAUAUAUGUCAUUACUAAUACUAAACUGAUCUUAGUACAAUCUAGGUACUUUUUAACCAAAUGCCUUAGACAGAUACAAAAUUCCAACUUUUCAUAUCAGGGAGGAAAUACUUAAAUCAUACAUUUAGCUAAUGUUGAAGAGUAAAAAUUGGUAUGUAGAUCCCCUGAUAAUACCUUAGCUUUUCUGCUUUAUUUUAACCUACUUAUGAAUAGAAAAUGAAUCUCGAUUCAUCUCUGUCAAAUUGUUACAUUGUAAAGAGGAUGUUAAUGUUGCUACGAAUUGGUAAUUUGUUUAGUUUACGUGAUGUUGUUAUUCAAGAACUUCGUGAAGAAGAACCUUUUCAUAGAAUUAUUUAUACAUAAAAGCUGUAUUGAGAAAUGUUUAACUACAAUUUCGGAUUCAUAUUUUUAAGUUAUUUUCUUAGGAUUACUUUCUAAGCACAUUUUAAAUAUUACUUAAACUCAAUGUUAAAUUUGUAUUGAAUUAAAAAAAUAUUAAAUAUUCUAAAAACAAACAACAAACAGCAUUUAUGAAUUAUUUUUGUUGCAAAAAUUUAACGUAGACUAGUAGUUCUUUAGUUAAAAGACAUACGCCUACGGGGAAAAUAGGCAGUUACCACAACCAAUGUCAAAAGUGCGUUGCCGCCCCUUAUGCUGUAUAUUCAGUUAUUAAAAUACUUAAAUCAAAAUUACAUAUUCAAAUUGUUUUACUCCAGUAUUAAUACCCAGUUAAUUAGCAUUAAAAAUUGUAUUAUCACGUUAUUAAAAAGUUUUAACAAUCAAUCCUGACAAACAAAUCUUUAAUGUUUUAAAAUCUAGUGAAGUUAACUGCUAUAAUUUAACUCUAUGAGAAGUUCUUUUACAUUUCUUAAGAUUAUGGUGAAAAAAAGUCAUCUAAUAAUAAUAAAAUAAAUUUCAAUAUAUUUCAACUAUAUGUUGUCCUUCGAUUAUUGCGCACUAGCCCAUAAUUGUAUAUUUUUCCUUUCAUCAUCUUUUUUUAUGUUAACUUAAAUCCUAUGUUAAACACUUAUAAAAAAUUAUGUUUUGUGGUCAAUUAUUUCUUUGUUACUUGAUCACCUCCGAUACUUUUAUUACCUACGUAUUGAUUUAUCCGUAAAAUUAUAAUAAAAACUUGUAUGUCAUUGCAUAUUGAUGCCGCUGCUGGAAUAUUUAAAUAUUUAUGAAAACAAUUUAUUGAAUUUAAUUAGUGCCCUUUGACUAAUAAAAUUCAAUUUAAUAAA